AAGUGAAAAAAUCUUAAUUUUACACAGGCAGCGUCUAGUCUAGAGACUUCUCUUUUAUUUUUGUGUAUUUUUUUUCCUAUUGAAUUUCAUAGUCGGUUCGGUUUACGGCUUCUUAUUUGAUUUAAAAAAUAAACAAUAGAAGAUAUUUUACUUAUUUUCCAUUAAAAUUCACUUCCAAUUCUUCUUUUCACUCUACCGAUUGAAGAGAUUCUCUUCCUUCUGCCGAUUCGUUCAGGGGUUAUAGUAGUUUUUUGAAAAUGCAAGGACGUGGUGGCCGAGGCCAAGGUCGAGGCCAAGGUCAAGGCCAAGGGGGUGGUGGAAUGAGGAACUCACUAUUUGACUUUAAUCAACCAUUUCCUGGUUUUGGUGGUUUUGGUGGUUUUGGUGGAAUGGGCGGCCAUGGAAGUUUAUUCUCAAGUGUUUUUGGAGGAAGGGAUCCGUUUGAUGAUCCUUUCUUCAGUCGUCCAUUUGGAGGAGGCAUGCUCGAGUCAAAUUUAUUUAGUCCCCUUGGAAAUCCAUUUCCUCAAAUGCCUCCAUUUGGGUCUAUUGAGCAACAAGCUCCGGAGCCUAAAAGAUCAAGGGGGCCAAUCAUUGAAGAAAUUACCUCUGAUGAUGAGGAGGAGGACAAUGCUGGUAAUGAGAAGUACGAAAAUCCUAGAAAGCUCCGUAAGUCCGGAAAUGAACCAUAUGUUGAGGAUCCUGAUGAUCAAGUUGAAGAGAAUAAGAGGAGGCAUUUGCAGUAUGGAAAUGGCCACAGCGGGCUCAAUCACUCACAGAUGCAAGCUCACAAUGGGUUCAAUCACACACAGAUGCAAGCUCACAAUGGGUUCAAUCACACCCAGAGGCAACCUCAAACUCAUAGCUUCACCUUUCAGAGCUCCUCUGUCACUUAUGGCGGAGCCAAUGGAGCUUAUUAUACUAAAUCUAAGGCAAUGAGGACCGGAAGUGAUGGGUUGACUAUUGAAGAAAGCAAAGAAGCCGAUACUGUCAGUAGACAAGCAAGCCACAAAAUAUCUAGGGCCCUCCAUGAUAAGGGUCAUUCUGUUGCUAGAAAGCUUAAUUCAGAUGGUAAGGUGGAUACAAUGCAAACCUUGCACAAUCUUAAUGAAGAUGAGCUUUCUGGUUUUGAAGAAGCUUGGAAUGGAAAGGCUAAGAAACAUCUACCUGGCUGGACUGGUAAUUUUGGCGCUUAUGGAAUUGAAAACACAGGAGCUACCAGCAGCGGUCAAGAUGGUCGCAGAGGUUGGGCGCUUCCAUCUUCAGAACCAUCACAGCAUUCAAGUAGAGUAAUGCCAGAUUCGAGAGACCGGGUUGGGUCAUCUCGCCAACAGCAGCAUCAUGGUACAAUGAAUGCAGCAGAUGAUGUUAAAAAUAGGAGAUCAGGGAGGGCAAGAGAUUAAACUAUAGUUAGAAAAGGAGGCGGCUUUGGGGUCUCUCCCAUAUUCGUUUUGCUAUGCUUCUUAUAAGUGAAUAUUGUAAGCAUCAUAUAUAUGGUUAUUUGAGAUUGAGUUCAUACUUACUCAGACGUUAUAAUACAUAAUAUUACAAAAUAGUAUAGAGGUGGAAGAACAA